UGGUUUUAAUAACACGAUCAUGGCCGCCGGUUGAGUCACUCGCAGUUUACCUUUUGCCUCAGUGAUUUACGCGCGAAAUGGGCUCGAGAUUAAGGCCUUUCCCUGAGAGGAUUUUUGAGUGCUUUUUGGAAGUCGCUGCCCCGACAGAUAGUGAAGGUCCAGAAACAAAGUUUAUUCAUCCCACAGACUUUGAUGAAAAAGAAGCGUUAAAGGCAAUUCCUCAGUUUUGCUAUCCUUGUGUCACAAGUUCGGAAGCUGUCCAGCACUACACUUUUGUUCUCACUGAUAUUGAAGGAAAGUAUAGAUUUGGGUUUUGCCGCUAUUCUCCAGAUGUCAAGACCUGCCUCUGCAUUUUAAGCUAUUUGCCGUGGUUUAAAUUUUUUUAUGAGCUUCUGAAUAGGAUUUCAGACUUGAAGAGAGAAAAUGAGAUUAAUGCCAUACUUCCAAUACUGAAUCAUCUAUAUGGUCAAGCACCUAAAGAACCAGGCUCCAAGUUAUCUGUUGCAGUGGAUGGAGGCAAAAGAGAUAUUUCCUUUGUUGUGCCAGACACUACUAAGCUACCCAGUAUACCAGAUGAUAGGAACCUGACAGAUUACUUUGCCGCUGUCCAUCCCUCAAAUAUGAUUUUUAUAUUUGCCAGUAUGUUCUUUGAAAGAAGGAUAAUAGUGACAUCCAAGAAGCUUAAUUUGCUAACUGCUUGUACAUAUGGAGCAUCAUCCCUUUUAUAUCCGAUGCACUGGCAACACAUGUUUGUUCCUAUUGUGCCACGGCAUCUGUUGGACUACUGUUGUGCACCAAUGCCAUUUUUGGUGGGAGUUCAUUCAUCACUAAUGUCGAAAGUUCGUCUAAUGCCACUUGAUGAAGUUGUUAUUUUUGAUGCUGAUACAAAUACAAUAGAAAGUCCAUUUGAUGAUGUAGCACAGCUUCCUUCUGAUGCAUUAUCGACUCUCAAGAGCACCCUUAAAAAACCUGUUUAUCCAAUUGAUGACCAUGUUUCAAGGGCUUUUUUAUGUGCCAUGGUGUCACUUAUAGGAUGCUACAGAGAUGCUUUACGGCUCAAGACUGGCGAAAAGAUUGUCUUCGACAGGGACUCAUUUGUCCAGUCAAAGUCUAACAGUAAAAGACAGUUACUGGAAUUCAUUCUUCAGUUGCAAAUAUUUGAACAGUUUAUUGCAGAAAGACUAGACAUGUUAAAUGAAGGAAGAGGAUUCAACGAUGCUUUUGAAGAACAAAUCGGUGUACAGGCUGAAAAUAAAGGAAGCUGGAAAUCACAGUAUCAGUCGUGGAUGAAUGAAACGAAGAAAUCUGGCGGUGCUUUCCUCGAUAAGGCUGGUAACAUGGUGAAGAAACAGUGCAAGAAUAAAUGGAAAACUGCGAAGGAUGGAAUUAAAUCAGUUAGAGCUGAUUUAGCGGAUAUACUGAAGGGAAAGGAUGAGGACGAGUAUGCAGGAGAACAGAAGAGAUCAAAUACCAAUCCGGAAUUCAAGUCGUUCUCAGUUUACAGACUUUCACCUUUUAACAAGAGAAGAACAAUUUCGCCUGUUGAGUUCGAAAAACUCAAACUGGAAAGUGGCGCAAAGGAGCGCCCACCCAGACCUCCUCCGCCUCGGCCAAGUCCUUACAGCGCUUCUGCCAAGCGCCCUCGCGCUUCAGUCAUGUCAACAGCGGAGGGAAAGUUCUCCCCUAAGCUGGUUGCACGCAGCAGUGCCCCCAAUCUGUCAUUGGAACCUGUUGUGGCCGAACUCAUCUCACUGGAUGACAUUCCAAAUUCGUCAAAUGCUAGUGAUAGGACACAAGGCUCGACUGAUUCUUUGGAAAUGGGCUCUUUAAAUACAUCCAGCGAGGAUACAAAUUCAUUCCUACCCUUAGAAACAUCCAUAAAUGAAUACUCUGCUGGAGACAUCACUCCCUCGGGAACCUUUAGCUAUGAGGAUGUAGACAUAAAUGUAAGACGAUCAAAUUCAACUAGGCAUAGUUCAGAGAGUAAUGAAGCGUCAGUAGAGAGGAGUAAAUCAUCUCCGUCACGACCAAAACCACCAGUUCCAAAGAGACCAGCUUCGGUAAAGAGAAAGCCUCAAGACUCAGCGAACCCUCUAUUAGAAAACGCACACAUGGGGGAUAAUGUUACAUCAACGUCAAGUGCGACGAAGCCACCCAAAUCAGUGGACGAUAUAUUAGAAAGUGCUCAAAUUGAUGACACGAUUUCUCCAUUGAGGCCAGUGUCGUUAUCAUUAUUACGAGACACGAUGGCGUCACUUCCGGUUGAUGCACAAGAGUUUUUGUUUCCUGAGACGGACGUUAAGUCUCUUGAAGUGGGUACUGGAGCACAAAAUAGCAGUAACGCAAAUCCAAAUUUAGGAAAUAAUAGAAAUGAAGCUGAACUUCCACAAAGUGUCUCGACGUCGAAUCAUAUAGGUGCUGUGGAUUUAUCUCUUUUGGAAAUUAGAAGAGACAGUGGUCCUGAUCACAAUGUGCCAAAGAGUAACCAAGCGCUAGAAGUCAACCAAAAUUUGGAUACCAAGAGCGAAGAAAUCAAGUGCGAUAAACAAAGUGGUACUUCUAAUUCCCAGCAAAGUUGGGUUAACUUUGAUUAAUGUAUAUAAUAUGUUAAGUAUGAAAAUUUCUCAUAAAAUUACUUUUAUUCGGUCGUCAAAUGCUGGCGAGUGACUUUUUGAAUUUCAAUCAUCGACUUCAUUCUCGUUGUUGUAAAAUUCAAAUGUGUAGAAUGUAAAUGAAGUAGCUGCCUAUUUUACGCCCACGAAAAAUUUGUAUGGAAAUAUUUUGGGUCGAUCCCGUUCUUGUUUAUAUUCUACGGUCAUUUAAACUUGUUGGGAAUCAUCCACGUCUAAUAACCGGAAAACAAACACAAGAUUAAAGAUAUAUCUUAACAUUGCUUGUUGUAAGUACAUCUUAUUUUAUGAUAUGUAUCUUGAUCUUGGUAAGAUCAUUUUUCCUCUGUUUUAUUUUGAAACGAAAAUUUAUUGGAUUUGUAUUGUUUGAUUUUCAUUUAGAUGUGUUGCGAGGGGAUUUAUUCAAUAUUUUAAUAUUGUUUCCAUUUAUGUUUUCUAAAACCAACGAAUUCGCCGUGCAAUCUGGUGUUGCCUUUGUGGGUUUAGUGGUAGAAGAAAGUUUUAACAAGAGCUUCGGUUGAGUGAAAUUCACAAUGACAAAAAAAUAUUUUAAAGGUAUAAUAUAACAUGCUUUCCAGAAGGGUCUAUUGUAAAAUAAAUUAUAUUCUUAAUAUUUUUAGCAGUCUCUAGCUUGUAGCUGAUUAUAUGUUCACUUAACUGGGCGUGAGCGAUACUCUUUUACCACUUGCAACUUGGAAACAGUACGUAAUCCAGCGGAAUCAACUCGAUAAGUAUGUUUCGAUCACGGUACAAUGCCUCUUUUUCUUUCAAUACGAAGUUUUGUUUCUUAAGUGAACUAAUUAAGAUUAAAGGUUGUCAACAUUUGAUAAAUUCGAAACAAACACUGCUUUGUUGUGAAAGCACUUCCUAGGCACUAUUUGUGCUCUUAAAAUUAUAAUCGGCCGGAUAGCAGGUUGGUCAAGUUUCCACUUCCUGUCAUGGAUUUUCCCCAAAAUAAGAUUGUGGAACUUAGAUGGAAAGUACGAAACAGUUUAUAAAUGCAGCAGAUUGGUUGCUAGAUUGAGAUUUAACCAAUUUUGCGCAGAAGAAUUGUGAACCUAAGAUGUUAGGAAAUAUGGGCGGUCUUCUCAGUCAAACGAAACGAAAAAUGUGUUUUUGCAAAUUUUCACACGCUGAAAACUGAAAGAUUUGAAAUCAUAGCAUUUUAUUCUUAGUACAAUAAUAUGAUUGUAAUAAGAAAUGGUAACUACCUCAGAAAAUUAAGGCUCAGUAAAGUAUGUCCCUCUGA